GGGAACCUUUACCGCUCUUAAUGACUGCUAGUUGCACAGGAUUUGGCACAAUGAUGUGUGUUUUUCUCUUUGGAAAUUUCCCUCCUCCUGGAGGAAGAGAGGUGGCUGCAGCAGAGCCGGUUCAGGCACCACCUUUUUCCUUUGAAGAGGUGGCCGUCUAUUUCACCGAAGAGGAGUGGAAGCUUCUGGAUGCAGAGCAGAGGGAUCUGUACUGGGAUGUCAUGCAGGAAAACUAUGAGAAUGUGGCGUCCUUAGCCAUUCCGAUUCCUAAACCCGAGCUGAUCUCCCGGCUGGAGCGAGGGGAGGAACCAUGGAUCCCAAAUCCCCAGACGACAGAGGACAAGAAAAUCCCCGUGAAUAUUUACGAAGGAAAUGAUUUUUCUUUCAGCUCCUCUUCAAUCCCGUCCAGCGAGGUCAUUGUGAAGGAGUUCAAGGAGGAGAUCGUGGAAUCGAAUCUCUCGAAUCGCAGGAGUCCCACGUGGGCUUUGCUGAGAGCGCCGGCAGGGGCCGCCUCCUUGAACGUGGAGACCCGGUGUGGGUUGCAGAGGCAGUGGGAGGCCCAGCCGGGGAACCUGUGGCGGGAGCCCUCACGGCACCUCCGGGCCGCCAACUCGAAGCGGAGCAUGUUCCACGUGGGGCGGAAGAAGCUCAUGUGCCCCGAGUGCGAUCGGUGGUUCCACUGCAAAUCUGAAUUUUUGCUGCACUGGCGGACUCACACGGGAGAGAAGCCUUACGAGUGCCUGGCGUGCGGGAAGCGCUUCAUUCAGAGCUCCCACCUGAGCGCCCACCGGCGCAUCCACACGGGGGAGAAGCCCUACGAGUGCCCCAAGUGCGGGCGGAGCUUCAACCGCCGCUCCACCCUGACGGAGCACCUGCGCAUCCACACGGGGGAGAAGCCUUACAAGUGCCUCCAGUGCGGGGAGAGCUUCCGCUGGCGGCCCUACCUGACCAAGCACCAGAGGGCCCACCUGGGAGGAGGGAACGUUCCCUAUAAAGGCCUUGAGAACGGAGAAGCCAUGCUGGAGGGCUCAUUGCUUGCUCCUUCGCAUCAGGGAAUUCUCACAGGUGGCGCAGUGGGGGGUGGCCCCACGGAGGCCAGUCCCCAGCACACGCCCUCUGUGGGGGCCGAGCAGUGUGACGGGGCAGAGCUUCACCCCGAGACGCCAGGCGCGUGGGUCCCGUCGCCUGAGAGGCCCAUAAAGAGGGAAGCCAUUUCACGUCCGGAAGGCAACGACGUGACCGACGUCAGCCAGAUCAAGAUUGUGCAGGUGGAGAAGAAGCACGUGUGUCACGAGUGCGGGAAGGCCUUCCAGUACAAGUUUGAACUGGUGAAACAUCACCGGACCCACACGGGGGAGAAGCCUUUCGAAUGCCUGGCGUGCGGGAAGCGCUUCUUCCAGAGCACCCACCUCAACGCCCACCUGCGCAUCCACACGGGGGAGAAGCCCUACGAGUGCCCCAAGUGCGGGCGGAGCUUCAACCGCCGCUCCACCCUGACGGAGCACCUGCGCAUCCACACGGGGGAGAAGCCUUACAAGUGCCUCCAGUGCGGGGAGAGCUUCCGCUGGCGGCCCUACCUGACCAAGCACCAGCGGGCCCACCUGGGAGAGAACGCCUACAAGUAUCUCAACUGCGGAGAGAGCCUCUACGACAGUGCCUCCUUUCCUGGACCUCAGGAGGGAAUCCAGCCAGGUGACAGAAUGAUAACUGAUCACCCAGAGAAAAGUCCUCAGGAGAGACAUUUGGCACUGGAGCGACUCAGUGAUAUGUUACCAGCUGGCUCCAAUGGAGAAAUUUCCCGGAAGCCUGCAGAGGUCCUUGGUAACAGACAGCAAGCAUUGGAACACCCAGCAAAGGAACGAGACGGAUCCGGUGGCUUAAAAUGAUGCUCCUCCAGCCAGGCGGCUUCUGGUUUCUGCCUUGAAUGACUUAAACCAUUGGAACACGGAAGGAGCCUGGGAUAGGAAAACAGCGUCGGACGGUGCAGGCUCCUGUCCAGAAAGCGGAAAAAAGAGACCUUCCGAUCUUGAUGGCAUCUCGUAGCUGUCCUUUUGAAUAGACUUGAAAACUCAACAAGAUCCUUACUGCCUCCUGCAGUAUUAACAGCCAUUUAUUCAUCCAACAUAUAUGGAUCAUGGGAAAAGUAACCCUAACGAAAAUAUUAAUAUACUAAGGUCCACCUUUAUCUUUUCUUUAAAAGAACAAUAAUAAUAAUAAUAAUAAUUUGUAUACAUUAAUUCAUGUGCAUGUUUUUAUGUUGUCACCCAGGCAUAUGAAAGUAUGAUGACCAAGGCGUCUGAAACAGUCAGCAGUAUGUUUUAAUAGAGUUUCAUAGAAAGAAGAGGUCCAUUUAUUUAGAUUUCAUUACGGCUUAGACUGCAUAUUCCACAGCUGCCUGUCCAGGAUAAGCACAAAAAAUUAACAUGCAGGCAGAGAGUUCCAGCACUCUUGAGAAGCUUGGUCUUGACAAAUUUCUGACCCUUAAGAUUUUAAAGAGAGAAGGUUAAUUUUGGAAUCUGGUAAGCAAGAGAACUGAACAGGAGGAUGAGGGGCGGUCAAGUGAUGUGGGGUUCCUUUGUUCUGCCCCUAACCAUGAAUAAAUUGAAGAAAGAGAAUCAGUUGUGCAAAAAGAUGCAAAUACAUGCAAAUGAACUCAUUCACGUACCAUGGAAUUCAGUGAUGUUACUCCAGAAAGGGUAGAUGGGACACAACUGGAUUGUGGGGUUCAAAUCCACCUUAGGAAAUCUUGUUCUGAAGCUCUGAGGAAUCAUCCACAUCAAGUUUGCCUUGAAUUGCUCUACCUUUUAAAAAAAUAACUUUUCCAGUGAUUUAGGUAACUGGAUGCAGAUACCUAAAGUUUGGGAGUUUAGUUCCCCUGGGAGAAGAGCCA